GCAGCUCGGUGGUCGCGCACUCAGCGAUUCGGAACGAUGUAAACAAUACCGAGCGUGACGCCUCGGGGGGCUGGCUUCACACGGAACUGGGCGGGGUCCGAAUACUGAAUAUAAUAAACACGGCGGCUGCACGACAAGCUACAGCCGCUGCAUUGUUCGCUCGUUUCUACGAGACAACAGGAAAGCGCUAGGUAUCCAUAGCUGUUGGUGUGAAGAAAAGGAGACAGCGUGUCGCCGGACGAAGAGCACAGGCCGUGCAGACGGUCGAGGAGAGCCGUAGCUGCCAGGACGGAUAGAGCAGUCCGGGCGGUAUGGCGCUUUGGAUCGCAACAGCAAAUCUUUCUUCCAAAGGCUAUCGGCAAGCUGGACUCGUAUGCUAAAUACUGCAGUAACAAGAAGGCGGCGGAUCUCGUGGGGGUUUUAGUCCUUUUUUCCCCUCUCUUUCUUUCGCACACUGCUUCGCAUGUAUUGACUCAAGAAAAUUAAAAAAAUAAUAACGAGAACAGCCACAUUACUUGAGCAGCCCAGAGACAGACGACGAUUACCUCUGCCAGUCAAAUCAGAAGAGAAUAGUCCACCACUUGGAGAGUCGUAACCGACCACUCCAGAAAGAGUUUGACCAGUUGAGGGCGUGGACAGCUCCAUCACUCGAGCGUGCCAAACAAGUGCAUCUCCCAUCUGUGCAGGCGACCAUGGCUGACGGGCCGAGGCAACGAGGCAGCACCGCAGCACCUGCUGAAAGUGAGGGGGCUGCAAAAAGCCAAGGCGAUUCAGGGGUGGCCCUGAAGAAGGAGAUCGGCCUGAUAAGUGGCUGUGGGAUCAUUGUGGGUAACAUCAUUGGCUCUGGAAUAUUUGUCUCUCCAAAGGGUGUAUUGGAAAAUGCCGGCUCAGUAGGCCUGGCUCUGAUUGUAUGGAUUGUGACGGGCUUGAUCACGGCUGUUGGCGCGCUCUGCUAUGCUGAACUUGGGGUCACCAUUCCAAAAUCGGGAGGCGACUACUCCUAUGUAAAGGAUAUCUUUGGAGGUUUAGCUGGGUUUCUCCGAUUGUGGAUUGCUGUCCUUGUAAUUUAUCCAACCAACCAGGCUGUUAUUGCACUCACAUUCUCCAACUAUGUCCUUCAGCCACUGUUCCCCACCUGCCUUGCACCAGAGUUUGGCCUCCGACUGCUGGCCGCAGUGUGCCUUCUUUUACUCACCUGGGUUAAUUGUUCCAGUGUUCGGUGGGCAACUCGUGUUCAAGAUGUAUUUACAGCUGGUAAACUGCUAGCUUUGGGCCUCAUCAUUAUAAUGGGCAUUGUACAGAUCUGCAAAGGACAUUACUAUUGGUUGGAGCCAUCAAAUGCAUUUGAAAGCUUCAAGGAACCAGAUAUCGGCCUGGUUGCAUUAGCAUUUCUGCAAGGGUCUUUUGCUUACGGUGGCUGGAAUUUCCUCAACUAUGUCACAGAAGAAUUGGUUGAACCCCACAAAAAUCUUCCCCGUGCCAUUUACAUCUCCAUUCCCUUAGUCACAUUUGUAUAUGUCUUUGCCAAUAUUGCAUAUGUGACUGCAAUGACACCUCAGGAACUGCUGGACUCCAAUGCGGUGGCAGUGACAUUUGGAGAGAAGCUUCUUGGUGUAAUGUCCUGGAUAAUGCCCAUCUCUGUUGCCUUGUCCACCUUUGGAGGUGUUAAUGGUUCACUCUUCACCUCUUCCAGGCUUUUCUUUGCUGGAGCAAGAGAGGGUCAUCUGCCAAGACUCUUGGCUAUGAUCCACAUCAAGCGCUGUACACCAAUCCCAGCUCUACUGUUUACUUGUAUCUCCACUCUCCUGAUGCUGGUCACAAGUGACAUGUACACUCUUAUCAACUAUGUUGGUUUCAUCAACUACCUGUUCUAUGGUGUUACUGUUGCCGGGCAGAUUGUGCUGCGCUGGAAGCAGCCAGACCUGCCUCGACCAAUCAAGGUCAACCUCAUCUUCCCUGUGAUAUACCUCCUGUUCUGGGCCUUCUUACUGGUGUUUAGCCUGUGGUCGGAACCUGUAGUCUGUGGAAUUGGACUUGCUAUAAUGUUAACUGGUGUUCCAGUUUACUUCCUUGGUGUACACUGGCAAAACAAACCAGCAUGUUUUAAUACCUUUAUAGACAAUCUGACAUACAUUGGACAGAAAUUCUGUGUGGUAGUUUACCCUGCUGAAGAUUCCUCAAGUGAAUCGGAAGAAAAGCAAGAGCUAAGAUCGCCACUGACAAAGGACAGCGAAGAGAGCCAGUGAUUGAAGAAUACAAGUCAGUGGGUCAGCCACGCCAACAAGAUACACAGUCAAGAGAGUCCGCCAAAAACCACUGCAGAAUCCCGACCAGAUUAGCCUCAGCUCAGCUCUUCACUGAGCAUUCAGUUACUCUUAGUGGGACUGUCUCAACCAAACUGCCCUGUUCAUCAAUGUGAUGUGGUUUUAUGGGUAACACUUCACCAUACUGUCAAACACUAAUCAUAGCCCAGCCAUUGCUACAAGAGUUACAAAUGCAAGUUCACUUAAAGACCAUGACCCUGAUUAGCAGGGCAACUAGGAAACGCCAUGGCCGUCCACUUCUCGCUUGUUCAAUUUCAGAAUGCCAUUUGAAUCAGUUUCAAGUUAAAUUUGGUUGAGGCUGAUUUCAGUGGUAAUGUGCGGUAUUUGCCACUUUCUUAAAAUGUCGGUAUGGAUAUUUUUAUUAUGUCUUUUUAAACUUUUAUAUAAAAAUUAUAUUAUACCGUAGAUUUUUUUUCUCAUCACUCACAGAAAAUAACAAUAAGCAGUAUAUAAAAAAAAAAAGAAUUUAUUUGUAAUUUUAGUCAUCGUCGUAUUGUUUUGUCAGAAGACCAAGCAAUAGACUCGCACCCUCCCUCGGCUCACCAUCGGCCGAGUUUGUACAACAGUGUCGCCCAGUCUGCUAGUACAUCACAGACUGGCAUUCUGGGUCAGUUCUUACUUUUACAAUUACUCAGGGUUUAUUUGGGUUAUGCUGCCUUUGGUUUUGUCACCAGCAGGCGAGAUACUAUCAAACUGAUCAGGCUGUAAUGAGCCUGCAGAGAUACUGCCUGUCUCCUGUUCUGAUCUUGAAAGAAAUCGAUUCAACUGCCGUUUUGUUCCAUUGCCGUCUUUGCACAGUGUGCUUUUGUUUUUCAUCUGUAACUGUGCUGAAAAAUGAAGGCUGUAAUUGUAGUCAACAGUGUAAACUUCUGAAAACCAUUUGAGAUGUCACAGGCAGCACCGUCAGUGAAUGUGUUUGAACCGAAGACCAGUACCGUAAGAAUAGCCAGCAAGAUGUUCCCCUUGUGUAUGUUUCUGUACAGCCCUGCUAUAAAAAAGAUUGUAAUUGUGAAGUCGAAGAUAUUGAGACUUGCACUUUUGUUUUUUUUUUUUAUCUAUCUAUCGUUUUGCCAAAAUAUAGUGGAAAAGCUGCCAGCUGUGUGUGUUCAUCUGAUACCUUUACCGUGAGCUAGCAGGACACUCUGCUAACAUCAUUAAUUUCGCUUAUCAAUGAAACUUCAGAGUAGGACGGUAACCAUUGCUUCUGGUGAUGAAUGUUCCAAAAAUAUGGCUGGCCGGUUAUUACAGUUUGCUUAAAUGACUGAAUAGCAUCACUCUAUUGAAGUGCAUCACUUCCUGUAGGCAUUUAGAUCUUGGGAUGUCAAAAACGAAAAAGUUACAAAAAUUAAAAUGAAAGUUCUGUUUUGUGAAGCUGUGUGUGUGUUCAAGAGAUGAUCUGUCUGCCUCUCUCCAUAACAAGGAGGCUACAGGAUUCUUGGACAGGUGGCUUGGUAGGAAGUGCAAAUUUAUCGUUCUAACUAACUGGUUUCAGUGUGAACGUUGUCACUCGUCUGGCCUGGGGACGCUGCACACAGGUUUGAUGGCCCCGUCUCCGCCAGCGUUUGCUUCAGUCCUCCUCUUUGGUACUGUACAAGCUAGUGGAGCGCCUUUUUCUUAUUCUUGGGGCGUGAUACGGGCUAUCCCAUUGAUGUUUGUGUUUUACUGUCGCUAAUGAGGAUAUAAACGUCUUUUAAGCCCAGCAAGCCUAAAGUGAGAAGUGAAACGCUCAGUGUGUCUGCACUGUCAUGGAUCUCUGGAGUCGGGAAGCCGCCUCACCAGGCCGUGUUACCUGCCAUUGUAUGACACCUGUUCUUGCUUUUCCAAGGACUUUUCUUAUUUUAUGUUUUGUACCCAUUUGUCAAUGGCUUGAAAUCAGUUUAUAAAUUAAGCAAUCUCUCUUAUCUAUAUAUAUAUAUAUAUAUAUAUAUAUAUAUAAAUGUAUCAGAAAAAUGAUUAUCCCAAAACUGAGUGUAAAUUAUUAUUUGAGAUGCUUUAACAAGCCUUACUGUGCGUUCCUUCCUGCAUAAAGUUUUAACGUCUGUGUGAAUUGUGACCCUUUUCAAUUAUUGGUGGGGUGCUGAAUUCAGCCUGACGGCUUGUCGACAAGCAGAGCUGCUGAGUCACUGGGAAAGGAGCACCAGCAGACACGAGUAUCAGAAGUCCUGUCUAAUCCCCCACGGGGAUCAGAUCACAAUGUUCCAGUACAGUGUGCCUUUUCAUAUUUGGAUAAAGGUCUUUCUGUUUGUACAGGCAUCACCUAGUGUCCCUCCCUGUGGCCUGGUUGCCUGAGAAACUAAAGUGUGACAUAAACUCCCAUGGGCUGUCACUAUAGCAACACGGGGGCCUUUCCAUGGAGAUGUGAGAAUGCCCACUCCUGGCCAAAGAUCCCCCUUUUUUUGUGAACAUCCCAGAUCUGGUGUAAUCGUUUCCUGUGCAGCUGUACCUAAGGUCGAUUUUUCAGGUUCACUUGUUGUGUGCUUUAUAUAGUUUGACAAAUAAAUAAUAAAUUCAGAAGGCAAAUGUAUAAAAAUAAAUAUCACUAGAUAGAAUGAGGAAAAUCUGUAUGAGAACCCGAGGGAAAAGUGCCGAGCUUAAUUUCCACUAUAAGCUCCUGGAGCAGCAGUCUGCUGGCGAGUAGAUAUCCAUGGUGAAAUAAAAUCAGCGUGUCGUGCAGAGGAAAUGCAAACCCGGCCACUUUCUGGAAGUAAAGCAGACGGCAGGUUUAAAAUGCAGAACUGAAACAGUGACUCAGAGCGAGGCGUGCAGAUGAAACCAGGAAUGAGAUGAAAAAGAAAUCCAAUAAAUGUGAAAAUGGGAGAGUUUUGUGUUGAACAUAUGGAGAUGGCGACGUGACAAGAAAGCCGCAGUUGAGAGUUGUAGCCGCGUUUGCAGUCGUUGCAUCCGAGUCUGGAGGGUUUAGUCAGAGCUGCAGAUAUCUGCUGCAGUCUGUUUAGUACAACAGCUUCCAUCCUUAUAACCCCUGGGCUCUUUCAUUUUCCAGUUUUUUUUAGCUUAUACAAGAUCAGAAAUGUUAAUUAAUUAGAUUUAUAUAGCGCUUUACUAACCUACUCACUUUACAUAGACAGUGUGGAGCCACUUCAAUAACCGCUAAUGUGCAGCACCGAGCUGGAUGAUGCGACGGCAGCCAUUCUUGCACCAGUACACUCGCCACACGUUAAGUGUUAGGUGGUGAAGUGGUGAGAGAAAUAGUUAACCACUAAGAAAGAGCCAGGGGGCUAGAAUGGGCAAGGCCGUCUGGGUGCACCCUACACUUUUUGAAAGAUGUCCAGGGACCUCAGAGAGUCAGGACCUCAGUUAAAUGUCUCAUCCAAAGGGCAGCACCAGUUCUGCACUGAGGCUUUGGGAUCCACACACAGGCCAUAGGGUAAGUGUCCCAUGAUUUAAGUCCAAAAAAGUCAUCAUUUUUUGCAAAAUACCGGUACAUCAUUAUCUAGAAAACGAUAUGUUGUUUAAUGAAAUAACUGACCUUGCAAUGGUUAUUCAACCCUCCUGAAUGAGCAGAAAGUCCAAAAUGCUCUUCCGAUCAAAGAUGGCCACCGUGAUGGCCCCACAAUUACAUGUAACUGAGCAGCGGUUCUUUUUUUUAGAGAGAACGUUGUACCACCUGUCAUGGCCUCCCACUAAUAUAUAAACCCAAUGCUCCAGUUCUGCUGACAGCAGGGCCACAGCAUGUUUUGGGACAAUAGCAGACCUUAUUAUUCAUAUAGAAGACUAUUGGCUCACACAGUAUGCAAUCAAAUAAGGUGUGAUAUCUCCAGGCUGGGGGGCUCCGCUUUUUUUCAUGGUGUACAACCUCUGGACUUAAAUAUGCUAUAUUCUUUUUUUAAUGAGUUGCAGUAGAACCUCAAUCAUCUGAGCCCCCAUUAACCAAGGCCUGGCAUCAUCCAAGAUGAAUCUCUAAUUGUAAUACAGCAUUUAUUUUUUUAUAAUUCAUAAAGGCUUUGCUGUGACUACUGUAUUUUUAACCUUGGCUGUACCGAGGGACUGUGGGACUAUGUGUGUGUGACUUGCUCACCUCUCGGCCAUUGUCAUUGCGUCACCAGUGUUUACUGCGUAAACAUGCUUUAUUGUUUCAUUCACUUAGGAAUUUUGUGUGUUAUGACCAUGAGGAUCGCACACAGGAUUUCUCAAAUGGACGGGCUGAAUGCAAUCAAAACGUCACUUUUACAUAUCGAGCAUCAAGAAGACACUACACCUGCUGGGGCGACUGAGGAACAUUGCAGAGGAGAGAGCAAGGAACAUUAUAUUCACUAAAGUAUGAAAAGAGCCUUAAAAGUGACACUCUUAAUAUUUAAAUUGGCAAAAUCUUUUGUAUCUGUAAUUUUUGAUCCAAAAUGGCCAUGGUUAUCCAUUUUAUCCGAGUUUUCAGUUAUUCAAGAUAGCAUUGGUCCAUAUCACCUCAGAUGAGCAGAGUCCUACUAUAUUCUUAUUGCAAAAACAGUAGUGUGAUUUGAUACGAAAUAAAAAUGUCCCUUUAAUACUUCA